AUGGUAAAAUCUCAAUUGGACGUUUCGAAUCAAGAUAUUGAUUUAAAUGACGAAGAAUUUACUAGACCGACACGACAUGCCGACGAAUUAGAAACAGAGGUUACGAAACUAAGAGCUCGGAGAGAAAUAAUUACUUUAAGAGGUUGUAUUUUUAUGUUUAUUUUAUGGAAGAUUACUUGA